AUGAAGGAUUCAAGAAUAAACCAUGAAAGCUUUUUUGAUGAUAACUUGAAAAAAUAUGAGGCUAAAAACAUAAUUUAUGCAGAAAAACAACUUCUAGAAAAUAGUGCGGCCAAAAAAAAUUUAAAUGUCAUUACAGAUGCAUUGAUUACCCAAUAUAAUGUAGUGAUAUCUUCAAGUAAAAAUGAAGAAAUUGUGUUUGAAAAUAAUAACAGAGGCUCUGCUAAUACAUAA